AUGGCCGCCCUGAAGGAAGACGCUGCCCCCCGCGACGCGAAACCUUCCGAUGCCGCCGCCUCGCCCCUGGUCCGCGUUAUGCGCGAGUUCGAGGAGCUGGUGAGGACCUUCGAGACGGGCCUGCUGCUGUCCCUUGACGCCUUAGGAACCGACGACCUGGAUGGCGCCCAUCGGGACGACAUCCGCCGCAAGGCCUGUCGUCUGGCCAUCUCGGACCUCAGCAACAAGUACACGCGCAAGCACAUCAGCCGGUCGCUGCUGGAAGCCGAGUCCGAGGGAAAGCGCGUCGAAGAGCAGCUGCACGCCCUGUCCCUGAAUGGCCCCCCCGACGACGAGGACGACGACCUGGGCAGCAUGCACAAUGGCUACUUCCGCCUGUACUCGACCGAGUUGUUCGACCUCCUGGGCCAGCCCACUGACCUGCGCUUCGGCUCCCUGAGAUUCCACAAGCAACACUCGAGCCCCGAGCCCACCGUCGCACCCCAGGACGCACAGUCGCCCUGGGUCCAUGUCGAGCUCGCCCUGAAUAACUCUUUCUUCGUCGCCGACUCCAUGGAGACGCUGCCGUACCACACGUUCCGAUUGCCCACCACACCGUCGUUACAGAACCGGGGCAUACUGAGCAGAAGAGCAGAAGACGACGGCGCAUUCCCGGAUUUUGACUCGUGGCUACUCUUCACAUUCCUCGGCAACGGCUGCAUCAAGCUAGAGGUCCCCAUCGAGAUGUGCGCCGACGUCUACGGCGAACGCUUGCAGGGCCGCGAGAACGAGGAGGUCGUCUUCUGGGGCUUCUUCGUCGAUGAUGAAUUGGAUUCAUAG